CCCGGUGGCAUAAAAACGGAAGCAAGCUAAAGGCUUUGGGCCGGUCUUUUGCUUCUGAGAACAGACACAGCGGGCCAACUCGACCGAAUUGAAUUUCACUUAUUUGAGAAAGUUGGUCUGUAGUCAGUCCAGAAGGUGAUAGAAGUCUCGUUUGUGUCCAAUGAAAGGAAAGUUGAAUUUGCAAUGAAUAAUAAUAUUCACAAAUGAUGAGAAAAUAGCACCACCGAACGAGAUGGCUCUGAACCCUCAACUGUUUCAAAAUGGCUUGCCGGUCCCAUUUACUAAUGAGAUCUUUGUUUUGAGUAGAGAUGGCGUCGAGUUCGAGAUUGAUAAGAUCCCUGGAAGUCAUGGAGGCCACGUCAAAGCUAAGGGAGUAAUCUAUUUGUCUAAUGUACGACUGGUUUUUGUCGCACAUAAACCUGUUGGAGCCUUUACUGCUUUUGAUAUGCCUCUGCUUUAUAUUCAUGGAGAAAAAUUCAACCAACCAAUAUUCUUUUGCAACAAUAUUUCUGGUCUUGUGGAGCCAGUAGUCCCAGAAAAUGAGAAUGGUGCUCUCUACUCCACUCACUCAUUCAAGAUUUUGUUCAAGGAAGGGGGUUGUGGAACCUUCAUUCCAAUUUUUUUCAACUUGAUCUCUUCAGUGAGACAAAAUAAUCAACCUACACCUGGAAUGGGGCCUCAGAUGGAUCCUUUACGAGCAGCUCAGACUCCAGUUGAUGAAAUGAUGAGACAUGCAUAUGUUGAUCCUAAUGAUCCAACAAGAAUAUUCUUACAGCAGCCCACCCCAGAAUCUGAGUUGAGAAGGCGCACAUACCAGUUGUCUCCAGUUGAACGCUCCAUGUGAUAUCUUCUCUAUGGGAUUUAUUUAUCAAAGACUACCUAAAUACAAGCAUACAAAAUGUUAUGUUAUGGAGUGAUUGCUGAUGAUUUACUGUAUAUUUUCUACUUAGUUUUAUCCCUGUUUUUAAUCUCUCUGUCUUGCUCAUGAUGGUGGUACGCAGAUAAACUUUUACGGUGUAAUCAUUCAACACAACAAUUUAUGUACUAUAUGGCUUCUUAAAUAUGAACUAUUGUGGUGAUUUGAUUAGUGUGCUA